AUGGACUUCAACAAUCAAGCCCUAAUGGAAUUCAUGAAGAAUAUCUGGACUUUCUAUCAAAAUAAUUCCCAAUACUUUGAUAUUAAGAGAGUUGUGGAAUUUUUGAAAGAAUUACCUUUGUCAUUUUGGAUUAUCGCAACAUUUAUGACUUGGGGUUGGAUGUUCUCUAGCAUGUUAACCACUCUCUCCAACGUGUAUUUUCAACAAAACGAUUGCGCUGUCCAGAGUACCUCUGCGAUCCUCCAUACUGUUAAUCAAAUCGUCACCAGCUUCCAAGCAGCCUUCCAGAUAGUCUUCACCAGCCUCCAAGCAGCCUUCCAGAUAUUCUUCGCGGGCGUUACCGUUACUGUCUCUUCGCACUUCCCAAUAAUAUGCUUAUGUAUAUUGUUUUCUAUGGGUAUUGCUCUGUUAAUUGCUAGUCUCUUGUUUUCGAAAGGCAAACAACAAUGGGCUUUUGCAUUAAUCGCUGUUAUCCUCGCCGCCCCAGGUUACAUAUAUUUGGUCUAUUGGAUAAUCAAGUCUCCAAAAGUUUGA